CUGAAGCACUUCUGACGUUCUUUGAGAGACGAGAGUAGGCAGAAGGGAGAAGACCUCCGCUGCUGCUGAGAGGAAGGAGCCCAGGAGGAAAGGAAGUACUUCUCAGUGGGGUCAUCCACCUUAAAAUGAAGAGCCAAGUCACCAACGCCCUUUCUGACUUCUUCUUUGAGUAUGAGACCCCACGCCAGGUGCUGGUCAGGAACAGGAGAGUGGGAGUGGUGUGCCGCCUCAUCCAGCUAGGGGUCUUGGCUUACAUCAUCGGGUGGGUGUUCAUCUACGAGAAAGGCUACCAGUCCACAGACACGGCCGUCAGCUCAGUCUUCACCAAAAUGAAAGGAGUGGGCUACACCAAUGUGACCGGAAAGGAGAGAGUGUGGGAUGUGGCCGACUAUGUCUUUCCACCACAGGGAGAUUCAUCGUUUGUGGUGAUGACUAACUACAUUAUAACUGAAGGUCAAACAACGGGAAAGUGUCCUGAGCUCCCAGGCAAGCACAACUGUAGCUCAGACGCCGACUGUGAAGGAGGGAGUUUCAAACGUACGGGACACGGACACAUGACUGGCGUGUGUGAUAAUUCAACAAAGACCUGCGAGGUUCUUGCUUGGUGCCCUAUUGAGAAUGAUCACAACAUACCAGACCCCCCUCUGUUGAUGUCUGCAGAGAACUACACACUCUUCAUCAAGAAUUCUGUAACAUUUCCCAUAUUUGGUGUAUCUAGGAGUAACCUAGUGGAGGGAAUUGAUGCAACAUAUAUCAGCAAAUGUCUUCACAAUCCAAGGGAUGCUCCUUUGUGUCCUAUCUUCAGACUAGGAGACAUCGUCAAGGAGUCUGGUUUUAAUUUUGAAACUAUUGCCAAAGUGGGAGGAGCCAUUGGCAUUGUGGUUGACUGGACAUGCAACUUUGAUGUGGAUGUAAAACACUGUAAACCAAAAUACAACUUCCACGGGUUGUAUGGAAACCCUGCAGAGAAAGACAAAGCCAGAGCAUCAGUUGGUUACAACUUUAGGUAUGCAAAACAUUACAUGGAGGACAAGGUACAGAAAAGAACCCUACUAAAAGUGUUUGGCAUCAGGAUAGAUAUCAUUGUGCAAUCAUUGGCCAGAAAAUUUGACAUCAUCCCAACAUUAACAGCAAUUGGCUCCGGUGUUGGCAUUUUUGGAGUGGCUACGGUCGUCUGUGAUCUGGUGCUGUUGUAUUUGCUCCCAAAACGAGAAUUUUACAAGAACAUGAAAUUCAAAUACACGGACACCCACGGACAGCAUGACAGCGAAUCGCUCGGUUUAGACACGAGCAGCGUCUAUUACACCAGUGAAGCUAAAGCAAGACCAGGCCAAGACGCUGCUCACUCAAAUGACCCUGAUUCCGAAGCGGGCAGCACAGAGACAGAGGUAUCCAAAAAGUGACACCGGUGAGGAAUUUCAAAGAGGCGGCUCUGCUGUUUUAUGUGCUGCUAUGGAACCUUCAAGAAGACAGAAGUUAAUACACCUUUCUCAGAGGACUGAAAAGGACAAAUGUCUUACCUGACUGAGCUUCCUCUGACCACAGGAAAAAGACAAACUCUCUAGCUGCAAAACAGAUUGAUUAAAUUGCAGUAUACUGUAUGAAGGUCCUCCAUAAAGACUAUGUAUGCAUCUUGGCCACAACAUGAACUACGUCUGCACAAUCACACAAGACCUGACAAGAUUUAUGAUUGAAAUACUUGUUAAAUUAUUUUUUUGUGUGUAUAAGACUUCUAGAAAGCCAUUAAAUUUGGUCCUUUCGAACAAUUCAGUGAGAUGCCAUAUACAAGAGAUGUAUCAAUUACCGUGAAAAAUAUAUCAAGUCUCAAUUGACUUCUUACAGAAAUUAAUAUGUGUAUUUUUUUUCCUAAUUCUAGAAUAAACUUACACAACUAGAAUAAGACAAGGCGCAUGAGAGAAAACUAAUUUCUAGAGUAACAGUAGUAAUUCAAAGCAUGUGUUUUAGUAGUAGUAGAGGUUUUGGUUUACAUCAUGUUGGACAACCCUUUGACAUUUGUUUUUUGGGUUGACAUCAACAGCCCUGGAUGUCCAAUCCGUUUGUAAUGGGAGGUGCGAAUGAAAAUUAAUUUUUGGAUUUAAUCAUAAACAAAAGGGAAAAACCGAGGAAUGUCCCAACCGCAUAUUUUUGCUCCUAAUCACCUGAUUUUGAAAAUCUGCUGAUACCAAGCCCUGAUCCGAUACGGAAGAAAUAAGGUUUUUUGUUUUUGUUUUGUUUUUUAUUUGAACAAAAGUUCCAAAUAUGUGACAGUACUGUACUUUUUACUAGGGAUGGGAAUCGAAAUCCGAUUCCAAUUCGGAACCGGUUCCUAGUGUUUCGAGGCCUCGACAUCACAAUGAAAAAGCCUCAACGAUCCCUUUAACGAGUCCUGAAGACGCAUAUUGCGUCGUGACUGUCUUGUUGUCCAAACACAUCAAACUAGCAUGGCGCCAAGAACCAACCGCUCCAAAGUUUGGCUACACUUCACCAGGAAAGAGGGUGAAAAUGAAAGGUUACGAUGGUUUAGCACGAGCAUUGCAGCUGUAAACAUAACAAUGACAGCACGUAGGUUCAAACGCUCGAAAGUGUGUCUUCACUUCACGAGGAAAAAUUACAACAAAACGACUUACAAUCAUUGCAAGGUGGAGAUAACUGCAUCGGGAGGGAAUAGACUGCACUGUCCUCACCGAGACAGCUAUACAGCUAGCUAAACUCCGAAAUGACAUACAGAAGACGUUGGUAUAAUUUGCUGACUUUAUUCAACCAUCACUUGAAGCGUGAAACUAAAAAUAGAAAUGAAACAAAUCAAUUUCGUCCCCAAUAACAAACAGGUUUGCAUCAACGUAAAUCAGCGAUGAUUAGCGGCUAAUUCAGUAAUAACAAAGCAGUUAGCAUGCGUUCGCUAGCAUUAGAACAUCGUUCAAACCACUACACAACUGGAUUUAAGUGUCCGAUCGCGAGUGGAAACACACAACAAUAACACAAAAGAUAAUACAUACAGGCGUUGCCUCUGUAGAUAUUUUACAAGCAUUAACAAAGAACAUAGGGUCGCAGCAGUGCUUCCCUCUCUCACUAACUCGCUCACUCACUUGGAUGCGGCAUUUCUUCUUCUUCACGUGAGCACGUUCUUCUUCGCGUGAGGAAGCGCAAGGGCGCCCCCACUUGAGCGUGAAAGCACAAUAAAAACUAAAAGGCAUGCAUUUCAAUAUACUGGUAAAUAAUACUUUAACAGGGGUCCCCAAACUACGGCCCGCAUUUGGUCCGACCCCUGAACAAUACCAGAGAGCAUUUUGAUUUUUUUUUUUUUCUUCUUCUCAAUAGUGUUAAUUAUUUUCUGGCCUUUUUCUGUGAAGAACUCAGAGAGGGUUAUUUGGUUAGUAUCUAUUUGAUUAAUAGUGUUAUUUUUAUUAAUUAUUAUUAUUAUUUUUAUUUUAUUUACUUUUGUUCCGUGAAAUAUCCAGAAAGGGUUAUUUGAUUGUGGCAUUCUGAAAAACAAUAUUUUUUUACAUUUAGGCACUCCUGCAAUCGUCACACUUUUUCUGCCAAUAUAUACCAAUAUUUUUUAUUUCUAUUACAAAAAUGUUUCAGUAAAAUGUUACAUUCUUGUGCAUUUGCCACUUAUUGCCACAGUUAAUAUUGAGGCUUUGGGCCUCUUUUGACCUUGUUGUGAGUUUUUAAGGUUGUGACAUCUGAUUACACAAACUCAAUGCCAAUCAAAACGUUUGUUCUUCUUUUUCCCCAAAUUAGAAUAGAUAAGAGAAUCGAUAAAGAAUCGAAUCGUUAAUAUCGAUAAUGGAAUUGGAAUCGUAAAAAUCCUAUCAAUUCCCAUCCCUACUUUUUACAGUACUUCCUUAUCCACUUUUUUCCAGGAGUGUUGCGGAGUAUAAAACUUAUAUAUUUUUGUAUCUUUUGACAAUGCCACUGGAUUUAUGGAUUAUUUUGUUACUUUUUAGCCCUUAAAAAAAUAUAUAUACAUAUAUAUAUAUAUAUAUGUAUAUAUACAUAUAUAUAUAUAAUUUGGCUUGACCGAUAUUGGAAAAAAAUUUACAUUGCGAUAUACAUAUAUUGCCAAGGCUCCACACUUACUUUUUGCAUUGCCAGUUGUGCACCAGCACAAAAUGUAGGAGCAUCACCUUUAACGCCAUACUUUUAAUCCAGCGGUCUCAAACCGACUCCACAAAGGGCCGCAGUGGGUCCUGGUUUUUGUUCCAACAGAUCCAGCACAAACAGUUCAACCAAUGAGGUUUCUACUAACAUAAGCAGCACCUGAUUGCAAUCAACUGAUUACACUUGUAAGAAACCAGAUUGGUGAAAAGGUAUUUGUCUCGUUUGGUUGGAAUGAAAUCCAGUACCCCCUGCGGCCCUUUGAGGACCGGUUUGAGACCACUGUUUUAAUCACUCUCCAUAACAUUCAUAUAAAUCAUAUGCGUGAGUCCACUCAAAUUCACUCACGUUGCAGAGAAGAGCCCCUCAACUUAUUGACUAAAACAGGGGUCGGCAACCCAAAAUGUUGAAAGAGCCAUAUUGGACCAAUAAACAAAAAACAAAUAUGUCUGGAGCCGCAAAAAAAUAAAAGCCAUAUUGUAUUGAUGCAUGUAUGCAAUAAAUACAUAGCAAAAUUCCACUAGCCUAAAUGCUAUAUACCAGGGUUCAUUAAAUCCGGACCUCGGUGCCACUUUUCCUGUCGUGUUUUCCAUGUCUCCCUCCAACACAC